GUUCACAACCAAAGAUCUCCCCGAAUUUCCGCUAUAAAAACCAUCGUGCACACACGAAUUCCAUCGUCAAUUCAAAGAAAUCACAACAGAAAAAAUAUCCCAGAUUUCCACUAUAAAAACCAUUGUGCACACACGAAUUGCAUCACCAAAUCAAAGAAAUCACAACAGAAAAAAAGAAAAACUUUCAUACAGUGAGAAAAAAAGAAGCAGCAGCAAACCCAUGGCGAAGGAUUCUGCUCCAGUAAUUGACAUGGAGGAUUCAUCGAAUUUAGCAGAGAAGAUAGUGAAAGCAUGCGAAGAGUGGGGUUGCUUCAGACUGGUUAACCAUGGCGUCUCCGGUGAGCUGAUGGCCGAAAUGAAGGGCGUGACCCGCUCCCUCAUGGACCUUCCCAUGGAGGUGAAGCACAAGAAUUCUCACCCUGAGCCAGGCAAAGGCUACACCCCACCAAACAUGGCUAGCCCUUACUUCGAAGGCCUCAGUUUGUACGACAUGGCUUCACCAGAAGCAAUCGACCACUUCUGCUCCCAGCUCCACGUGUCGCCACAUCAGAGGGAGGUGUUGAGCAAGUACGCGUUCGCCCUGUUUGAUCUAGCGCAAUUUCUGGGGAGAAAGGUGAUGGAGGGGCUGGGGAUGGAUGGACACCUCUUCAGCGACUGGCCAUGCCAGCUGAAGAUGAACAGAUACAACUAUGGCCCUCAAACCGUCGGAUUAACCGGCGCCGUUUUGCAUACAGAUCCCGGAUUUCUCACAAUACUGCAAGAUGAUGAAAUCGUCAAUGGCCUCGAGGCAGUGCACAAGAUCACCGGCGAAUUCGUUCCGCUCGAUCCCUUCCCAGGAACUCUCGUUGUUAAUGUCGGAGAUCUCGCUAAGGCUUGGAGCAAUGGAAGGUUUUGCAAUGUGAAGCAUCGAGUGCAGUGCUACGAGGCGACUAUACGUACUUCGAUUGCUCUUUUCGUGUUGGGUCCAAGAGAUGAGAAAGUGGAAGCGCCGCCGCAGCUGGUGGAUUCCGACCACCCCCGCCGGUACCUUCCGUUCGACUUCGAAGAGUAUAGAAAGCUUAGAGCUUCAACAAACUCACCUACCGGAGAAGCCCUUAAGUAUUUUGUGGCCAAAAGUUCGUGAUAUUUGACGAGAUCGUUGACUAUUAUGUAUUAUGUAUUGUGUAUUAAAAUAUAAUCGGUCGCGGACGAUCGAGAAUUGAUUUUUUACAUGAUUAUUGUAUUAAUUUAUGCAGUUGAAGCAUGAUAUUGAGCGAUUCGUGCAUUUAUUUGGGAAGUUCAA